AUGUCUCCGGGUCCCAUUACGCAGUCGGCCGGGACUGGUCUCGGAAUUGUAGGUGAUGGCAAGGGCUGGUCAGGAGGAAGCACUCGGCCCGAUGGCGAGGCGAACCAGCCUCAAAGGAUCAAGGAGAACAGAGCAAAGGUCUUCCUCGAGGUGGAGCUGCACAAGAGAAAGCUUGGGCGCAUCGUCCUGGAGCUCUUCGGAGACGUGGUUCCAAAGACCGCCGAGAACUUCCGCUGCCUUUGCACCGGAGAGCGUGGAGUCAGCGCCGUGUCUGGAAAGCCUUUGAGCUACAAAGGUAGUAGGUUUCACAAGAUCAUCCCAGGCAAGAUCAUCCAAGGUGGAGACUUCACGAAGGGGGACGGCUCAGGUGGAGACUCUAUCUUCAACCAGGAUGGCGACGGAACGUUUGGGUGUGAGAACUUCAAGCUGAAGCACGACCGCCCUGGCUUGGUCUCGAUGGCCCACAAGCGAGGUGAGGAGGGCAAGCAGUCCUCACAGUUCUUCUUCACCUCCAAGGCAGAGCCCAAGCUGGACGGCAAGCACGUGGUCUUCGGUCGAGUCAUUGAGGGCAUCGACAAGCUGUCGAAGCUCGAGUCCAUGGGCACAAAGGGUGGGACGCCUCUCUUCGAGGCCGUCAUCUGCGACUGCGGGGAGCUGGAGUCCGAGGCACUUCGCACGCGGAAGCGCAAAGCAGAAGAGAUACCUCUUCCUCCUGGCUGGAAGAAGAAGGAGUCCCGCUCGAAGGAGCCGCUGUUGCCAAGGCACACUGCACAUGUGUCGAAGGUGGAGAAGCCCGGAGCCGGGCAGACGGCCUUUGCCUUCGCAGUCUUCAUCGCCAUCAUCAUAGACAUCUCCAAGACGGAUGGCAAGCUGCCCUAUGGCAAGGCCACUCCGUGUGUCAUCAACUCGGCGGUGGACAUUGUCAUCGGACCGGUGCAGGUCUUGCGGCCCUGUUUCGCUGUAUUGCAGUUCUUUUUGGCGGUGGGGGCAGGUGGGCGAAGCGCGGAGGGCGGCGUGGCCUCUAACUCUAACUACUUCCUCACAGAACGUAAGCCAGUGAGGGACGCUGGGGACGAAGCCGUGGGGGGCGGUGAGGAAGAGCUGCGUGACUACGAUGAGCAGCUCCCGUGCUGGUCUGCGGAGCUGGCAGCGGCGGAAGAGUGGGCACAGCAUGUGGAUUCGGAAGCAGAUGAAGCCGAGGCGGAACACCGGCAGUUGACGGAGGAGCUUUCUGAGAUGCGGCUCACUUCCAUCUCGCCCGCCAGCAGCGCCUGCGAGAAGGACUUUGAAGCUGCAGUGGGCCAUCACCAGAAGAUGGGCAUUGCCCAUGACGACUUCGAGGAGCCGUUGCCAAUCCCUCCCUCGACUUCGGACGGGCAGCACAAUCUGGACGAGCAUCGCCGACACGUCGAUAGGCACCUGCAGCAGGAGGUGUCCCGCCGAAAGCUGGCGGUGGCACACCUAAGGCAGCAGCACCUGGUCUCUGCUGACCAGGCUUUGGCAGCGGGCCGAAAGGAGGCCGAGGAACUGCGAGAGGCCUUGGAAUUGGCGGAGAAAGAAGGCCAGGAGCUCGCCAGGCAACGCCAGGUGCGGGGACGAUUGGCUUUUGCACGAUGCAUUUGGGUCUAUAGAGUCUAUGCAAGCCAAGUCAUUCAUCAUAACAUAAUAACGAACAUAACCAUAAUGUGA